UCAGUGUGUGUGUUGGGAUGUGUGGUAGUGAGAGGUGAGCACAGCAGCCUCCACUCACUGCUGUAACAGCAACAGCAGCAGCAGCAGUGCAGGCUGGGGGGUGGCAAGUAACCGCCGGAGCUGUGGCUUCUCCAACUGGUUUAUUUUUACCCUGCUGGCCUGAUAAUUUUGGCAGGGAGCAGGCAGCGGUGAGGGCCAGUCUGGGUUGUGGUCGAGCAGGGGAUGGCUCAGCUGGAGGCUGCUCUCUAGGCCUUGUGUAGGCCUAGGUUGUGUACUUAGUGGCGACACUUGUGCUAGUGGCCAGGGGAAUAGUGAUCACAUAAGCUGUAAUUGUGUCAUACUAAGUGGUGGCCCAAAGUGGCCGUGUGGCCUCGUGGCUGUGUUAUAUUAAGGCCACUUGUGAGGGCGGCGCCGGCCACAGUGUCUGACGAAAUAUAUUGUCCUGCCUGCUGUGUCACACCCCCCUUCCCCAUGAGGCCAGCCUGUGUAUGAUGUGGCUGCGGCCACACCACCGCCCUCACACCACAAGGACCUAGCAUAUAGGUGGGCAUGUGGGCGUGCGAGUGUGGGCGUGCGGGGCAGUGAUGUUGAGCUGGCGGCCCGCCCGUGAGAAGGGGUAGUCACCCUUCACACGCCCACUAUAUAUUUUACUUCAGUCUUCCUGCGGCCACCACUAAACCGGGAAGAUGGUGGUGUCUGAGGGAGCCAUCAACAACAUCAUGGGGGGGAUGGAGAACACUGCCGGGGUCAGACUUCACUCUCACCGUCACAAGCUUAAACAGAGAUUUGAUAUAAUUCGGAAGCUGGGCCAGGGAACAUACGGCAAAGUACAGUUGGCAGUAAACAAAGAAACAGGGCAAGAGGUUGCAAUCAAGACCAUCAAAAAGGCCAAAAUUGAGACAGAGCAGGAUUUGAUACGUAUAAGGAGAGAGAUUCAAAUUAUGUCUUCAGUCCAGCACCCACAGAUUAUCCAUAUAUAUGAAGUGUUUGAAAAUCGGGAAAAAAUGGUGCUUGUGAUGGAAUAUGCAGCUGGUGGAGAACUCUAUGAUUACCUAAGUGAACGUAAGGUUCUAUCGGAGGACGAGGCUCGUAGAGUAUUUCGUCAUGUUGCGUCUGCAACAUAUUACUGUCAUAAGCACAAAAUCUGUCACAGAGAUCUUAAAUUAGAAAAUAUCUUAUUGGACUUGAACGGUAAUGCCAAGAUUGCAGAUUUUGGUCUUUCAAAUGUAUUUGAUGAGAAACACCGGCUGGAUACAUUUUGUGGCUCUCCUCUGUAUGCAUCUCCUGAGAUUGUGAAAGGCAUCCCCUACACAGGACCUGAAGUUGACUGCUGGUCACUGGGGGUGUUACUGUACACGCUUGUGUAUGGCGCCAUGCCAUUUGAUGGCUCAAAUUUCAAGCGCCUGGUCAAACAAAUUACGCAGGGAGACUACUAUGAACCCAAGAAACCUUCUCGUGCCUCUGACUUAAUCCGACAAAUGCUCACAGUGUCAGCUACAAAACGAGCCACAAUCGAGGACAUUUGUUGUCACUGGUGGGUCAAUGAAGGCUUUUCAGAACCAUGUUUGGAAGUAGCUGAGGCCUUAGCCAACCAAACCCCCGUCCGCCUUGAUCUACUGCUGUCGCUUGCCCCGAAGCACAUAAAUUCAGAACAUAUGCUUAUUCAACCUGAUGAUGAUGACAGUUUGAGAUCGCCGCCUACCUCAGAGGUGACUCGACCACCCCCUCAACUACAGUUGCCUCCUCCACCUCCUCCUGAUGCCCUUCCAGUUGCUCCAGCACGCUCGGCUUCUCUUGGUGCAGUUACAUCCAUUAGCCGCAAUGAAAUUGAAGCUUUGUUGGCAAAGAAAAUAUUGGAAAAGAAGGAGAAGGAGAAGAAGAGAAAAUCUGAUGAAUCUGGUAUGAUGGAAAAGAAAAAGAAGCGAGAAUCGACUGUAGAAGGAACCCCCAAGACUAGUCGAAAAGAACGGAAAGCAGAUCUAAACUCUCAUGCAGGAGAAUUGGGAAGUAGUCGAAGACCUCCAACAAUACCAGAUGGCGACUUAUCUGAACGGAAAAAGAGUGUGAAAAAGCGAGAGCCAGCGGUGGAUGAAGAUACUUCAGAACACGAUAAAAGUGAGCGCUCAGAACGUAGAAAAAGUACGAAAAAACGUGAACCCUUAAUAGAUGGCGAUGGUAGUGACUUAAGUGAAAAAUCUGAGAGAAGAAAAAGCAUGAAAAUACGGGAACAUUCUGUGGUUAAAGAAAUUAGUGAAAGUGAGAGAACAGAAAGAAAGAAGAGUGUUAAAAAGCGAGAACCGUCAGCUGAUAAAGAAAUUAGUGAAAGUGAGAGAACAGAUAAAAAGAUAAGUGUGAAAAAGAGAGAAUCUUCUGUUACUAGAGAAUCAUAUGAUGAUAAAAUAGAGAAAAGAAAAAUUACAAAAAAGAAAGAAUUAGUAAAAGAAAAGACUUCUAGUAAGAUAGAUAGUGAAUCACAUAUUGAAUCUUCACCUGUGAUAAAUGGGGAAAGCUACGAGUAUAAUGAAGCUGAGACGGAUAAGUCAAGCGAUAUACAGAUGGAUACUUCUGAGGACCAAUUGCAAAAUUUAAGCCUGAAACCUUCCCUGUGCAAGGACCAAGUUGUAGAGCAGGUACAACCUUCUUCAUCCAUUGAUAUGGAAUUAAGUAGAAGUAAUAGUGCAAAGAGCGACCUCAAGGAGAGCGUUUCUCAACAGUCUAAUCGAGUAGAACCUAUGGAAAUUGAGCAAGUCACAACACCAGUAAUAUCCUCAGGACCUACGAAAGUAUCCGCAAGCACAGUUUCUGUUGGAUCUUCUACUUCAAAUGAUGUCACACUCAUAGCCUCAGACUCUUCACUCUCCAGGGAGUCUGUUAGUUCUAUGAAGACUGAGACAGGGGCACCGUCCCAGCCUCUGGACACUGUAAAGAAAUCUUCAUCACCCAGUCAGGCACCAAAGGUGAGGAAAAUCAAGUCAAAGUCAUUAGUAAAAACAUCCUCUAAAAAUAAUGUUGAGAUCAGGCCAGCAGAGGGACUAUCACCAGUAAACUGUGAUAUUAGUAGAGUAGUUUCAACACCUAUUUCUAAGGUAGAUAAAACUGAAAAAAUUUUGCAAGAGACGGCAGAUAAAAUUAAACUUUCAGAAGGGUCCAACAUUCCUGAUGCAGUCAAAACAGGAUAUGAUGACUCUCAGGUCAACGGGGAAGUAGGUGGAGGUCAUGUAAAAAAAGAGAGUGAGUCAGUUAGUGAUGUUCAUCAGAAAGAUGUUGAAUCAGCUGGUGAGUCAGUGUCUAGUAAAGAUGUUAGCCAGUCGUCAUCUAUGUUAUCAACCCCGGCUCGAAGUCGAGCUGGUUCCGAAUCGUCUACAGAAAAUCGUCCAUCUCGUACAGACUCGGCAAAGAGACAGUCAAAAAUUUUCAAGGCAGCUGCCAUAUGGGAGAACCAAAAUACCCCAACCCAACUCCCACUUGAGAAACACAAGAAGCCAGUCAGAGCUGGAGGAAAUGUCAUGUCUGAUCUUGCAAAGAAGUUUGAGGAAAAGCCAUUAGUUGAUCGCAAGAGUAAGGUGGUGCCCAGUUUUAAGGUGUCUGAUGCAAGGAGAGCUUUUGAAGCUAAACCAUCAGAUAAACCCACUGUUAUUCUGCGAAGAAAAUCAACUGCAGAAUCUUUACCAUCUUCUCCAGUAAAUAAAGAUGGUCCUAAAAUACCCACUACUCACUCUGGACCAAUAAGUACUCGUGAUACCAUCAGAGAUUCAACGCCUUGUAAAGAAAUUAUUUUAACAAAAUCUAAUAAAGAUAAAUCACCAGUAAAGGGGAGGUCUCCAACAAAGGACAUACCUGAAGAAAAAGCAAGUAAAAAGGACAUUGAUAAAGAAAAAUUUUGUAAAAAGGUGAAAGAAUCAAAUAGUAAGGAAAUUACAAAAUCAGCAUCACCAAAGCCUGUAGCAGUUGAGGUAGCAGCUAAGGUGCCUGAAGGUAAGAGUGUAAUAGUAGAUAAAACUGAAAAGAAAAUGCAUGAUGAAACUCCAAAGAAGGAAAAGUUAGAAGAGAAUAAGAGGACUCCUGUUGUAGAGAAGCCAUGUAUUGACACAGAUGAAAAGUUAGUGUCUCCCAAGACGAUUAUGCACACCAUAGAAGUAAGUCCCCAGGAAACUGUGACUAGGAAUGAAGAAGAGAAGGCAGUUGUAAUUGGUGGACUUAAUUUAAAACUUGGUGGCGUUGGUAAAAUCAGUGAAGUUGGAACAAAGCAAGAAGUUCGUAAAACAGAUUCUUCAGAUUCUUCAGAUUCAGAAUCAGAAGCAGAGAAACUUCUGAAGUUGGUAUCUAAAAAGCGAGAGAAGGUUGAGGCUGCCAAGCAAGAAAAGCUACGUAAAGUGUCAGAAGCUAAAGACAAGGAGCUCAAGAAGGAUAUGCCAUCCAUUAGUGAAGAAGCACAGUUAAGCUCUCCUUCAGAAUCACAAUCAGUUUCACCUGCUAAGGCUGCACCACCAGAGGACCGGGAUUCUCAACCAGAGCAGAAGUAUGCCACACUUCCACGAGGGUUUAAGGCAAAAACAUCAAGACCAGCUGCUGCAGUCAUUACACCUGCACCUUUGCCUCUUGCUGAGAAAUUAAGAAAGGAUGACAAGAAAGACAAGGUCAUCAGUCAAGAAAUUGAAGGAAUGAUGUCUGCCAUAAAGGCUGUCGAUCAGGCUAUUACUAAGGAAGAGCAGGAAAUCAAGAUGCUUCGCGAUUCCUUGGCUCGUAAUCUUCCUGAAAAUCUUGAAGAUGAACAAAGCAAGGCUCGUGAGGGUUCAGCCUCACCUGAUAGUGAACAGCAACCCAUAACCAAAGAGAUCCAGGCUUCCCUACCACAUCAGGUUCUGACAUCCUCACCUGCAGGAAAACCAGUUACUACUUCAGACAAUAUCAAACACCAGGAGAGAGGAGAGCCCCAGCAGACCUCGCAAGAAGCUAAGGAUGCGGACCGCAAAAAGACAAAACUGGAAAUUGUUCUCAAUAAUAAGAAGGCAGAUGUGCCAGAGCCAGACACUGCCAACAAGAGAGCAUCAUAUGCUGAGAUCAAGUUAACAUCUCCUACCUCCAAAGAUACACAAAAGAUUCCAGAGUAUAGAUCAGAGGUUCGACACAAUGUGGGAGGCACUCAUGGAAUGGGAGAGUCUCAGCUGCAGAGGGCUAAGAGAGAGCGCAUCAUCCCCAUCAUGCUUGAAGAUGACGAUGAUGAUGAUGAUGAUGACCUUACCACAAGUGAAAGCCUCCAGCAUAAUGAUAGGCCUAUAGGCACCUCAUCCUCGGCAGUACCAAGGGUUACAUCACCACAGCCUUCCCAGCUUCCCAACAGAUGUACCUCUGACCCACGAUCACCCUUGUUUAAUCCCUCACCUGAACCAAUAAGAAAAUCUCGCCGAGAACGAAUUAUUCCCAUAGCAGUUGAGGGAGAAGGUAUCGUUACUCCUCCACCUCACGUAGAAGAAGCAGCAGAACUUGGAGUAGCACGAGCACAUCAAGCAUUUUCACGCACACUCUCUGCAAGACCCAGUGCCCUUAACAGUGGCAUAACGGAAGGUGAGGGGGACAGUUAUACACAGUCGCCCACAGGCACUGUGUCAUGCCCUCCAUUACCUCGUAGGACACCUGCUGAUUUUGGAACAGUGCCCAUGUGGCAGAGGCGCCUCUCUCACACUAACAGUAGAGGGCGAGGAUUCCUGUUGGAUCACAGUGAAAGUUUCAGCUCUGCAGGAGAGGAAGAGGAAGAAGAUGAAGAUGAUGGCUUCCAAAUCCUCACUGCUGAGUCUCUGUUUUCUACUUUACUCAACCGAGUCCGCUCACUUACUCGUAAAAUGAAUGCAGAUGAAAUCAGAAGUGAGAGGAGUCGCCGUUCAUCGAAUCGACCUACUCCAGAACCUAACAUGGCCCCAAGUAGUGCAGGAAUUGGAGCAGUUCACUCAGCUUCUUCAGGAUUUUGGUCAUCUCUCUACAAUUCACCACGAGAUUCGCCUGCCAGGAGGAUCUCCGAGACAAUGUCGCGUAGUAGCCUUGGGCGGGAUGAUGACACACUAGGGGGACUCAGCUCUCCGAUAUGGGCCCGCAGUGUUUCCCGAGACACCUCUGAUGCUGAUACACUGUUCUCAGAAUCUUCAACUCCAUUUGGUACAUUGCCGAGAGGAUGGCGAGCUUCCCGAUGGUCAGGCGGUGAAGAUGGGGCAGAGUCUGAUACAUCAGAGGCCUCAGCUCGUUCACUCGGUCGGCGACCACAAUAUUCCCGAGGACCUUCCCGAGAGCUACCUAACAUACCCGAUGAAGAACUGGGAAUGAUGGGUAGUAGAGGGUACCCAGGCGGUGGCAUGUCACUUCCCCGUCCAUAUCCAGCAAAUAGCAGUGGAAAUCUACAUCAAAACAGAAGCAUGCAUGACUCAGCAGAUCGGAUAGCAGCAAUGUAUGGAACACUGCGUAACCCGCAUCGCCGCCCCCACUCUACUGUGGGUGGCCCGCCGGGGGAAUAUAUUGGGAGGGAUGGUGGGCACUAUGAGCAGCAGUUACAGAGACCAGUACCUCCAAGUACUGCUGCUCAUAUUGGUGUGCAGAGAGACCUAGGCACACCACAACACUCCCUCGGCGGCCACACACAGCAGUCACCUGAGGACACAGAAGCUCUUAAGCAAACUGUACAAGAGCAACUGAAACAGCUUGUUAGAGAGCUUGAAGCUGGAGAUGAUCAAACUCCUGAGGUGCCUGUACCACCUGAACAACAAGUGAGAGGCAACAAUGUUCAGUGUGACAAAUUUUCAUCACCUCACGAUUCACAUGUCCCUUAUCCUGGCACAUCAAAAACUUCAACACAAAUUUACUCCCCAAACACAAUGUACUCAUCCAGUAAGCCAAUAUACUCCUCUAACCCAGCACUACAUCUCUCUUGCACACCAGUUCAAUCCUCAUCCUCACUAGCAAAUUCAGGCACUAUUUCUGGACACCAGAGAACACCCUCAGUCUUGAAUAAAAAUCUGAAAACAAACAACGAACAAUCAAUUACAGGAAAAAACAUGGAUUUAGACAACCAGUUAAUAAAUGCUGAAGCCUCACACAAUGCAACAAUGACCAGUAGAAAUGAUGAUACAUCAACAGGCUGCACUACCACAACUAAUGUAGCAAAUGUCACACCCUCAAACAGUGCAUCCACAAGCAAUAUUCCACAGCUCCAUACUGACAUUUGUGCUGCCGAGCGCAAGAACCGUGCGCGUUCUAUCCUCCCAUCACACAGUGACCAUAUUGGUUAUAACACUAUUCUGGAUAUCUGUAGAGAGGGAGCUAUUAGUCCCUCUGGCAGUGAUGGUGUUGCAGAUGGUGGUAGCAUUCACAGAGCUUUGGCCUCUAAAGAAGACUGGUUAAAAUCCGGUAAUACUAUUGUUAAAAAUGUUGAAAACUCUGCCUUGGAUGCCUACAGACGGUCUCGUGGCAGAGGUGAUGUAUGUGAAUAUCAAGAAGGCAAAGCUGAUGAUCCAUGUCAAACCACUGACAAUUUAGCACAACUCGAAUUGACACACAAUAAAACUACACUUGCUCGUACUGGCUUUAGUCCCAAUCAAUUAUCAGAUAUUAAAACAAAUACAAAGGUGCCCAACACAAAACAAUCAGAUAAUGAAAUAAAUGUUAAGGGUAUAGCAAACAAAAAUUUUGAAAACCAAAGUGUUAAUUCUAACACUAGCAAAAAUAGUUUAAAUAAUAAUGAGAACAUUAAUGAAAAUAUUACCACUCAAGAAACGAUACUGAAAAAUCCCAACUUAGCAUCAAACAUUAUUGAUUCAAAGGCAAGCACUACAUGUAAGUUGAUCAACAGCAGCCCAAACAGUGGGCAAAAUAACAACAACAUUGUAACAAGUCGAUCAAACAGUGGCAUCCCCGUAAAAAGUAACAGUCGAAGCAGUAUCAGCACUCGCAGCAGCUACGGUGGAAACAGCACCACUAGCACAAGCACAAAAGGCUCAAAUGAACUACUGAAACCAAAGACAUACCAAAAAAGCAAAUCCAAAGAAUUAACACCAGCUAUUGAAGCUGCUGGGGAGAAACUUAGCCAACUAAAUUCCAGUACGCUGAAACGGAUAUCGCCCUUUGAAGCUUACCGACGCACUAAAUCUCGUGAAUUACCCAUAGACACGCUUAAGAAAGAGCCUCCACCCGUGAGAUUGAAAUCUCCACCUGCUCCAGACUAUGUAAAAUCACCAUUUGAAAAAGCAAGAACAAACAUUGAGAAAAAAUUUGAGCAUGUAAAAUCACCAUCAACCGAACGAGCUGCAAAUCAUACCCCAUUAGUGGCUAACAUAGGUCCAACAACACCAAGUGUAGGAAAAGAGAGAAAAAGUGGCAAGAGUGAAGAGCCUAUAAUACAUGAUAAAGGAAAGAAUACUGAAUUAAGCUGCCAUGGAGACAAAGGCAGGACAAAGGGAAAUACAAUAGAAAAAACACAAGAAAAUCAAAAGGAAAGUGAAAAAGAUGAAGAAAGAAGUAUAGAAAAAGACAAUGAAAAGGAGAAAGCUAAAGUUAAAAAGACACUCUCUUGUGAGCCAGAAAAACCUAAAUCCAUGUAUAAGUUGAUAGCAUCUCGUUUUAAUCGAUCUGGCUCCAAUGUUUCCGAUAACAGUCGAUUAGUAGCAGAUAAACGGCCUGAGGCUGAUGAUGCAAGUGAAAAAGAUGACAAAUUUAGACUGAAAAGACCCUCACGGUUUUUAAAACACAAGGCAGAAAAGAGCUCAUCUAAAUCUAGUGUGUGUGAUGGAGAAGGGGCAUUAGACGACUCAGAUCGACCUGAAAGAAAACCUUCAAAGAAACUGACAGAUGCACUUAACAAAUUUUUGGGGCGUAAAGACACGAAGGAAGAUUCCCGAACAUCUCUGCAUACAAUGUCUCAACCUUCAAUACCUAUGACUAAUGCUGAGGAAGAGCAGCCUAAGAAACCUCCUCGUGCGAAAGGUAAAAAAUUUUCUAAGAGUCAAGAGAAUCUGAGCCGUGUGGAAGAGGGAGGUGAAACAGGUACAGGAUCCCCACUCACAGAGCGUGCUCACAGUGUUGUCCCACAGGGAUGUGCAGCUAAUUUGCAACCUGGUUAUACUCUUGAAUCUGUUACAAAGAGCAUCUGUGACCAUCUGUCUCAGCUCGAAAGUGAUAUUACUUCACGUAUUGGAAAUAUGGGUGUCCAGGAUUCUGGGGUCGGGGCGAGACCAAGUGGGAGUUCAAGAGUUAUUCCCACAGUUUCAUCUACAGCUUCAAUUACUACCUAUGGACUGUCACCAGCACUGGCAAGUCGCAGAAAUGCUCGUCCUACCAACCUUGAUUUGGCUGCUGCAAAUAUGGAUAAUCACACCCCUAAACCUUCAACACAGAUAGUAGAAAAUAAGACAAUAGAUACAAAUCACAUUCCCAGUAAUGAGAAGGAUGGAGUCAAAUAUGCUCAGAUUAAGAGACUGGAUGGUAAUGAGGAUACUAUUCAUUCAGAAGAUGGAUGUCAAACCUCAGCAAAACCAGUAAUCUCUCCCAUAACAGGAAAUGAAGACAUGCGAGGACACAGUGAAAAUGAAGAUGAAAGUGUCAUGGAUAGAAUUACACGCAAAAGCUAUUAUUCCAAAUUUCAAGAAAAAAAGAAACCAAAACUACGUCGAGCAAAUACAAAGGAAGACAUGGAUCAACAAUUGGCAGCAGCAAAGGCUCGUCUCAUGAAAGAGGACACAGAGCGUGCAGUACGAGAGUCACUCAGUCCCUUUCGAUACAGCUCGCCAGUUACCUCUCCAAGAGCUUCCGUUACCUCUCCUCCUUCUUGGGAAAGCUCGCGAAGACAUUCUCGAAAAUCACUACCCCCGGAGGAUCCAAGUAUCUUGCUGUUAGGUGGGCGACGUGGCACAUCUCUACAACCCGACGAGCUGUCUAGUGUACGACGCUUCACAUCCAUCCAACCAGAUGAUGUACAAAUUAUUCGCCGAUUGCCAUCAUUGCCCCCAGAAGAUCGUUUCUACACCCAACGUGCACCAUCAGUGCCUCUAGAGGAUUAUUCAAUACGUCAUCGCAUGAAAUCUAUUCCACCUGAGGAUCUUUCUUAUACUCAUCGAGCACCUUCUAUGAACUCAAACGAGUUUUCAUCUAAAAGUCAUAUGAAAUCUGUUCCCCCUAGUAAUUUCAAAAUGCACCCAUCUAGCCCAGCAAAUGUUAGUGACUUGGGUAAUGAACAAGUACAUGAUGCUGUGGCUGCUGCAGCAGCUGCUGGUGCACUGGCUGGAGAAGCAGCAGCUGUCGUGGCAACAGUAGAUGGCGUUACAGAGAGGGGAAGCAGUAGAUCUCGUGAACCGUCAGUCAGUCGCCUAAGAAGCCCUGAUCCUACAAAUUGCUCAACUCCCUCCCGCGAUGACACCCGCAACCUUGCUCGAGAAGAACUGUCACGACGACUUACUCAUCUUACUCGUAUAUCUGGCACCAGCGGACUGUCUGGCUGGAACCGAGGGGGUUUAUCUAGGGUAUCUAACACCGGAGACAUGAGUGAAAAGCGAGCUUAUCGUCGCACCAAUACUACUGGCCACCUGGGAGAAUCACUACCUGGAUUUGUACAAUCAAGCAAUAACCCAGGACUGGCCAUAAGGCCUGUAUACCGGCGCACAAAUACAAUGGACCUUCCACCAGCAGAUGCUCGAGCUCGACCUGGUAGUGAGUACCGGCGACAGCUGCAAGACCCCACGCGCCGCUUUUCAGCAGCAAGCUUGGGCAGAGGAGACAAAGGAAGAUUCCUUAUACAAGAGACUGUAGUGGAAGAGGACGCCAUGACCACACCCUCAACUCGGACUUCUCAUCUCUUCUCUCCAUCCCUGAGCUCCACGUUGUCGUCAUCAUCGUCUCCCCGCCACAGCUACUCCACCUUGGAUCCUCCACGUUACACCUCCACAGUUUCUUCUUCCAUCUCCCCGCUCACUUGCAGAACAUCAUUAUACAGAUACUGAAUGCAACAGGUCAUGCUCAGUGCAAUGGGAACUACCUACAACUUACUGUUAAGUCAUGCAUGACUUAAAUUUUAUAAACACAGCUCAACCCCCAAAUUCACAGUUCUUCAUUAUUCAAGUGUUAGAGAAUUUUUUUACUAUUCAUAUAUUCUAGAGUUGUAAGAACUCCUGGAACAUAAUCCUUACAAUUCUGGGGGUUCAUCUGUAUUGGGAUAUUCUAAUUAAAAUAACUUCUUUAUGUCCACCAUUACACAAAUAUCAGACAUAAUUUACAACUACGUUUUCCUUUAGGAGAAAUACUUAAAAAUUAUUGAAAAUACGUCACUUCCUGAAGAAUAUCAGAUCCAACACUAUACUAUCUUCAUGGAAGCUAUUUGCAUCAUCUGUAAGACAUUAAACAACUGUUUACCUCUAAUAUUGUAACCUUAUUAAUAAAUUUUCAUUAAAAUGAAAGAAUAUAGCUUUGAACACCCAUGAUAUUAAGUAUCAUGAUCAUGGGGGAGCACUAAACCCAUAGGGAUUAUACAGCACCUAUGGGGAAGGGGGCAGUGAUUGAAGGCAUUUAGGUUUAAUUCAGAGAAUUGGAGCAUAUAUCCAAUUCCCAAGAUCAAGAGCCCCUUACCAGCAAUAAGAAAUCUCCCUUGAGGGGUGAUAUUCUUUAAAGUAAAUGAAAUUUGCAUUUCAUUAGAUAUAAGAUUAAAACCUAAUUCCCAAGGUUGAAUAUAAUUAUCUAUUUGGAUUAUUGUUUUUCAUGGAGGCAUUGAACACUGCCAAGGGAGUGGGAGUUAAUCAAGUGCAAUCUAAGGAAGAGAAUACCUUAAAUCCCUUGGAUCAAAAGUGCUUCACUAACAUUAUGUCACAUUCCCUGAAGGGAGGUAUUUGUAACUGUUUUGUAGCUGGUGUUGAAAAAGUCUACAGUAUAGUGGCUAACAGUGUGCAAGUGCAUGCCUGUGUAUGCAUGUUUGUGAUGUGUGCAUGUGCUUGUGUGCAUGUGUAUGUGUACCUGUGUAUGUGUUUGUGUACUCACCUAGUUGAGGUUGCAGGGGUCGAGUCCAAGCUCCCGGCCCCAAUUGUGUGUAUAUGCACAUGUGCUUGUGUGCAUGUGUACAUGUUUGUGUGCAUGUGCAUGUGUACAUGUGUGUGUAUGUGCAUGUGUACAUGUUCAUGUGUAUGUUCAUGUGUACAUGUUUGCCUGCAUGUGUACAUGUGCUUGUGUGCAUGUGUACACAGUUCUGAUUUCUUGAGAUGCACACUAAUGUUCAUCCAAGUACAGCACUGGUUCCCAAUCUCUCUAAGAGAACAACCCCAUGUUUAACCUGAAUUUUUUUUUUUUGACUCCCACAUACUAAAUUAUAAUUUUAGGGUCUGUUCAACAAAAAAAUGAAGCUCUGGCUGGAGUAGCAAUAUUUACUGUGAGGCUUCAUAAUUCCCUGGGUAUAACUCUGUAGCCUCUCUGGGAUCUGCAGCCCAUAGGUUGAAAACCACUAAAUUAUGGUAUUAAAUAAACUUUCUGCUGAAGUUCUACUGCAAGUUAAGGUUUUGUGCAUUACUCCUUAACAAAAUCAAAUUAUAAUACAGUACUUUCAAAACUGGAAAACUUUACUUCCACUACAAUUUCAUAACACCUGGAAUAAAAUGUGAUAAUAUUUGUUUCCUUAAUAUAUAUUAUAUUGCACUAGUCUUAAAUGGCAAGCAAAACUGAAUAUUUUGCUUGAACAUAAGACGUUCACUUACAAGGAGGCCUUGGCUUCACUCAGUUAAGUGGACCUCAGGGACUCCUGGUCGAUGCAGGGGAUUCCCCAGCUUACAAAUAAGUUGCAUUCCUGGUAUUCCAACUUAAAAACCCAUUACUUGCAACCCUGGACAUAUUAUUCUCAACAAAACAGUAAUAAAAAGGAUAAUUAUGCCACAAGUUUGUCACAGCAAAUUGCCAUUCAUAAAUAUUUUCUCUAUCUAGUCUUUUAGACUGCGUUUGUAAGUGUGGAUCAUCAUGAUUCGGGUGUUUGUAAGUCAAGGACCUCUUGCAUGCAUCUUGCAGCUGUUCCUCAGGAACAGCCAGCAGGAAGUGACAACCAUAAUCUCUGUUGUGCCCAGGACACAUACAGUACAUAUAUACUGUAUGUGCCCAGGGCACAUACAGUACAUAUAUACUGUAUGUGCCCAGGACACAUAUAGUACAUGUAUUACUUAAAACACUGGCCUUGCCUUUCAUACUCAGGAAAUGCUUAUUUACUACUCAGGAUGCUUUAUAUAAAUGUACAUACAUAUCCCUUUAUUGUCUUUUUACCUCAAAGGCCAUCUCCCACCAAGGGAGGGUGACCCAAAGACAACACUUUUAACAUCAUUCAUUCAAUCACUGUCUUGCUAGAAGUGUGCUGAUAUCAUAAAUUCAGGUUACCCUCUGACUGCAACAUCACCACCUUUCUUUCAGAAUGUAGGCACUGCUCCUCCCAUCUCCAGAACUCAAGUCUCACUAACCAGUUUCCCUGAAUCACUUCAAGCUUGCUGGAUGCUUAAGCCACUAAAACUCAGCCUCCUUUACCACCCCCCCCUCCCUCCAAUCACUCCUGGGACAACCCAUAUUCCUCCUACCUUCCACAUCAGAUUCAUAUAUCAUUAUCCUAUCCCUCUCUCACCUCUCCAUGCCCAAACUGCCCUCUGAAUUAUACCCUUGUUGGCCUCACAUCAUAUUUUAAUUGCCAAGCACUGAAUUCUCUGCAUGACAGUCACACCACACACUGCUUUCGAUAAUAUAAUAAAAUCAAUCGCAAAAGUCAAUAUUUGUCUCAAACAUAUAUCUACUCCCUCUAGCUAGCCUCCUCCUCACUUGAAGUAGACAUUUAUAUUCCUUACUACAGAUGAACACAAUAGAAAGUUACACAUGGGUAUAGCUAAUUUGAGAUACAGAUGAGUAGGUCUCAGGAUCUGGCUCUAAGUUCAAAAACCUUCUUUUAAUAAAGUACGUUAUUGUUGUUAUUAUUAUUGUAUUGAUGGGGAAGUAGUAAACCUUUAGGGCUCGUACAGCACCUGGGGAAUGGGAGGUUGUCAGGUCUGACCAGAUUCACUGAAUCAAGAACUCAUGACCAGCAUCAAGGCACCACCUUCCUUCUUAAAGGGCCAUUUAGGAACUUAUUUUUUUUAAUAAAUGAAUAUUGUAUCCUGCAGUAACACAAUCACACCACUAAAUUAUUAAAUUAAUGGACAAGAGCUAUAUCCAUUAACCCUUUGACUGUCGCAACCCCAAAUCCUGAAGUGUCUCCUGGUGUUGGAAAAAUUUUUGGGGGAAAAAAAAAAAAAAAAAAAAAAAAUUCUUAUGAAAUGAGAAGCUUUUCCCGGUAGUAAUUACACCAAAAGUACGAAAUUUGAUUGAAAACUUACGGAAUUACGCUCCUGUGAAGUUAGCGAUCUUGGCGAUAUAUACGCAUCGGCAAUUUCGCCAACUUUGAGCCUUAUUUUCGGCCAAUUUCAUUGUACCAGUCAACCAAACUCAUAGCUAUUUCUUUAGAACUCCAUUUUUUCUAUCAAUUGAGUACAAGAAAUUGCCCAUUUACCUAUUUCAACUAGCUAAUGAAGUGGUUAGAAAUUGGCAAUUUGGCCAAUUUCACGCAAAUUAAAAAAGAUGCGAAUUAAAAAAGAUGCGAAUUUCAAAACAGGGUCCAGAAUAAACAAUGCAGACAUUCUUGGUACUAAAUUAUAACACAUCCUCUGUUCAUUAGUCACGUCUCCAGGCCCCUCUUAUCUUACUCUUGCUUUCUAUUUUGAUUUUUUAUUCACACAAAAAGUAGAAGAUUUACUGUUAUGCAGACUACUGCAUUAUUGUAAAAAUGGUAUAAAUAAUAUCAUUGCACUAGUGAAAGAAUAUUACUCCCCAGUUGAUGUGUAUUGGACGUGUGGUGUGAUUUGCUUACUCUUGAACAUUGGUAAAAAUUGAACAGUCUCGCUACUUUGAGCUCAAUUUCAAGGUCGUUUUCAUCGUGAAACUAAUCAAAACCAUCUCUAUUUCUGUAAUAUGUUUUCCAUUAUAUCAAAUGAGACUAAGAAAAUGAGAAUACAAAUAUAAAUACUAUAGGAAAAUACACUUCGAAGUUUUUAUCCAAAAACAUGGUUGGAGUUUUUUCUCAUUGUGCACUGCGUGCUGCAGGAUUUUUUUUUAUACAGUGCACACUGACCACACAGACUCACAUGUGGGCCUACCAGCUUUCUCCUGCUUGAUUUGAAGCCGCUAGAAUUAUUGAGUAUAUAUACAUGUAUGUCUGAAACACUGGCUUGUAAGACGUAUAUAAACGUAUGGCCGAAACAGUCAGAGAGUUAAGGGUUUUACAGCACCUGGGAAAUAGGAGGUAAUCAGGUUUGAUCUGAGGAAGGGAAAAGUAGCUCUAGUAAUACAACUGAAAAUGUGUGUGCACACGCGCGCACGCACACACACAGGCAUGUAAUGAAAAAACUUGCAAGAGUAAGCAAAUGACAACGAACCUUUUUGAUAAAACCCAAGUAUGAACCUUAAUUAAUGUCAGGUUUUAUUGAUACAUAGUUCAAUGGAAUUCUCGACUUUGGAGCAAAUGAUCAUUAACUUGACUGUAAAAUUCUGACUUGCUCUAUAAAAUUUGCAAUAAUUAUCUUUCAAUUGAUAAAAAAAAAAAUUUACCUUGAGAAUUUCUGGUGCAAGUUUUAAUUCAUUUGAAAACUGAGAAGCUGCAUUCUACAGGUUUAGCCAUGUCUGGAAUCAAUAAAUUUACGAGGCCAGCUACUUUCCUCAUAAGCUUUUUCAAAAUAACACAGCUUUAUACUUUUAUCUUUGACUACGUCUAGUAUGUAAACAACUGAAUUAGGAUUUCACUAAUAAAAAUAAGGAUUUUUUUUUUAGUUACAUUUCAGUAAUGGAAGAGAACUCCGAAUUUUUUUUUUUUAACUAAACCCACAUACAAAAGGAGUGGAAAUGCUAAAAAUCCAAAGGAAUCCAUAUUUAUGAAUCUGAUAACUUGUAAAUUUCAUAUUUCUGCAGUAUUGUUGGCAGCAAUCUGUAGGUGAGGGAAGUACAAAGUAUGCUCUACCUUCAUGUUCAAAUCUCAAGCAAAAGGAAUGCUUCUCAAUGAGGAUGAGGAAUAUUACUGAGGGGAACUUCUAGCAUCAGAAUACUUUAAAUAGUUUAUUAGAUUGAUAUGCAUCUUUCUUGUGUGGAUUCUAGGAAAACUGUUGAUAUAUAGUAAUUUAUGUUUGGCAGUGGUACCAGACAUUUUACCCAGAAAGUGGGCAGACAAUACUGCAGAACUGGUAGGCUUAUGAAUAGGUGGGAAGAGAACUGGCAGGCUUGUGGAUAGAUGGGAAGAGAGAAUUGGCAGGCUUGUACAGAUGGGAAGAGAGAGUUGGCAGGCUUGUGGAUAAUGGGAAGAGAAAAUUGACAGGCUAGUGGAUAGAUGGGAAGAGAAUUGGCAGGCUUGUGGAUAGAUGGGAAGAGAGAAUUGGCAGGCUUGUGGAUAGAUGGGAAGAGAGAAUUGGCAGGCUUGUGGAUAGAUGGGAAGAGAGAACUGGCAGGCUUGUGGACAGAUGGGGAGAGAACUGGCAGGCUUGUAGAUAGAUGGAAAGAGAAUUGGCAGGCUUGUGGACAGAUAGGAAGAGAAUUUGCAGGCUUGUGGAUAGAUGGGAAGAGAGAAUUGGCAGGCUUGUGGAUAGAUGGGAAGAUAACUGGUAGGCUUGUGGUUUAAAUAAAUCUGCAGAAUGCCAUAUGCAAUUAAAUACAGUGGACCCCCGGUUAACGAUAUUUUUUCACUCCAGAAGUAUGUUCAGGUGCCAGUACUGACCAAAUUUGUUCCCAUAAGAAAUAUUGUGAAGUAGAUUAGUCCAUUUCAGACCCCCAAACAUACACGUACAAACGCACUUACAUAAAUACACUUACAUAAUUGGUCACAUUCGGAGGUAAUCGUUAUGCGGGGGUCCACUGUAUUUAAUAAAAUAUACAAUAUUUUAAUUAAGAAGGAAGGAAUUUUCAUAGGGCAAGCAAACAAUGUAUCUUGAGUCUUAUCAGUACAUGCCACCACACAUACAGUACUCUCUAUACUACACACCCUGCAACACAAUUAUUCAUUACUUAAAUUUGCCAUGACAUGAAUAAAUAUUUGCACAGCAAAGCCCUACUUGCAGUAGUAUUACAAUUAUUACAAUCACUACUAAGGACUAAACCCUACUUUGAGUAGUUUUCACUUUGAUAUCUCUUUAAACUACAAUCACGGUACACCCAUAUUAAGUACAUUACAUAAAAAAACCAAAACCAGUAUGUGCUAUACACAACACGAGAAUUUUUUUUUUUAAUAAAAAAAUAACUGGUUCAUGGUUUAGAGUGCACGGUGAAAAACAAUACUGAAAAAAAGGGGGGAGGGGGGUAUCAUGGAAUCCCUUUAAUUAUAUAUGAACAAAUCCUUAUGCACUCAUCUUCCUUAAAUUUGCCACAUUCAGACAUGAAACGUUAUUAAUAUUGUUAUUAUACUCAUGUAAAGAACUAAAUCCAUAAAGCUCAUUCUGCAUUAAGAAAUCAUUAACAAAUUCAACAUGAAAAUGAAAUUUAUCUUAAAAACAAAAGCCUCACUAGAGUCACACAUGUUUAUCUUACUACUGAAACAAAGUGAUUUUUAUUCAGAAUAAGUCACAAUACUAUGGCUGGAACAAUUCACAACUCGCUCUGCUAUGGCAGAAACAAUUCAUAACCCACUAUACUACGGCUGAAACAUUUCAUAACUAACCCACUUAACUAUGGCUGAAACAACUCACAACCCACUAAAACAUGACUGGAACAAUUCAUAAAUAACCCACAAGCUGAAAAUUAAUUUUCAGUGCCAGUGUGAUUUGAUAUUAAUGUGUUAAUAAUGAAGCGGUAAAUUCAAAGGUUAUACAGAACCUAGGGAACAUGUAUUAAAGGAAGGAGAGACUCCAAUUCCUUAGAUCAAAAGCCCUUCACCCAGCAUCGAGGCAUCUUUCCCAGACCAUUCUCUAACUGACAAUGGUCUGGGAAAGACCAAUAUCCAUAAUUGAUUUAUAAUUUGUGGAUUAUUUAGAAACCUUCGUAACCUUGAUCAAUGCAAACCCAACAUUCACAACUAUGAGAGUACACUUUUGACACAUUCUACAUGAAAAUUAAUAUGUAUUUACUACAAGCUGUUUACAUCUUACAGGUGGUUCAGGGCAACAUUAUUUAUCUAUCACAUUUUAAUGCUGAUAAUCAAACUAUGUUCUUAGUCAACAGCAAGAACAAACUUCAACUAUUGUAAACAAUACCUUAAACACUAGUAUUAUUAUACAACAUAAUAUGUUUUUUUAUUAUCACACUGGCCGAUUCCCACCAAGGCAGGGUGGCCCGAAAAAGAAAAACUUUCACCAUCAUUCACUCCAUCACUGUCUUGCCAGAAGGGUGCUUUACACUACAGUUUUUAAACUGCAACAUUAACACCCCUCCUUCAGAGUGCAGGCACUGUACUUCCCAUCUCCAGGACUCAAGUCCAGCCUGCCGGUUUCCCUGAACCCCUUCAUAAAUGUUACUUUGCUCACACUCCAACAGCACGUCAAGUAUUAAAAACCAUUCGUCUCCAUUCACUCCUAUCAAACACGCUCACGCACGCCUGCUGGAAGUCCAAGCCCUUCGCACACAAAACCUCCUUUACCCCCUCCCUCCAACCUUUCCUAGGCCGACCCCUACCCCGCCUUCCUUCCACUACAGACUGAUACACUCUUGAAGUCAUUCUGUUUCGCUCCAUUCUCUCCACAUGUCCGAACCACCUCAACAACCCUUCCUCAGCCCUCUGGACAACAGUUUUGGUAAUCCCGCACCUCCUCCUAACUUCCAAACUACGAAUUCUCUGCAUUAUAUUCACACCACACAUUGCCCUCAGACAUGACAUCUCCACUGCCUCCAGCCUUCUCCUCGCUGCAACAUUCAUCACCCAUGCUUCACACCCAUAUAAGAGUGUUGGUAAAACUAUACUCUCAUACAUUCCCCUCUUUGCCUCCAAAGUAUUAAGGCUGUAGGGUUCAUACAGACUGAGGAAUAGAAGGUCAUCAGGUCUGAUCCAUGAGGAUCAGUUCUACUUUUAUGGAGCAAGAGCCCUUCACAAGUAUCAAGGUACCCCCCUGUAAGGAAACAAUUAAAAUAUUAGUAUUUAUAACUUAAAAAGUGAGAAAAAUUGGAUACAGCUUCUCCUCACUUAGUGACAUACUCGUUUACAAGCCACUCAAGAGUUACGAUCAGCUUUCCAACCAAUAUGCAAACCUAAGUAACGUAUAUUAGAGCCAAUUUCCUCUAUUGUGUUUAUUAAAGUACAGCCUCCUCUCACUUAGCGACAUACUCGUUUACCAACGACUCUGGCUUACGACAGGCUCUCUGACCAGUAUGCACACCUAAUGUAUAUUACAGCUGAUUUUGUUUAUUCUGUAUUACAAUAUACAGUACACUGCUGUAUAAACAUUUAAAAAUAUACCAGAAAUGUUAAAAUGGUGCAAAGAUGACAUUAAAAUAAUAUCAAAGAUGGCUGACACAAACCCACUACCAUUACAGUGUGCUCCUCACUUAGCAACAAAUUCGUUUACUGACGUGGCCUUAGGAACGGAACUCUGUUGUUAAAUGAGGAGGCUGUAUACAAUACACUACUAUAUAAACAUUUAAAAAUACAGGUACCAUCCGACUUACGACCGAGCUUGGUUCCGACCAACUGGUCAUAAGUCAAAAUGGACGCAAGUCGAACCUUACUACUGAAUAUCAACAUCGCAUUUUUGUGAUGACUAUUUUAUUGUUUUAUUUUGGUAUUUAAUUUUUUACUUUACUUUUUAUGCUGUUAGUACUGUAUUUAAUACUGUAAGGUUUAGGAUAUACACUGUGUACAACAGUUGUUUAUUUCCCAGAAAUUUGGCAUAAAAAAACACGGUCAUAAGUCGGGUGGUCAUAUGUCGAGCAGGUCGUAAGACGGAUGGUAUGUGUACAGUGGUACCUCAGGAUACAAACAGCUCAAAUCUUGAACAAUUAUGCAAGUGUAUUUAUGGAAGUACUUUUGUAAGUGUAUUUUUGGGUCUGAAACGGAUUAAUGGGAACAAAUUUGUUCAGUAUCGGCACUCGAACAGCCUUCAGGAACAAAUUAAUUUCAUAUCCCAAGGUACCACUGUAUACUAACAAUGUUAUAAAUGGUGCAAAGUUGAUAUUAAAAAAAUAUCUAAAGAAGGUCGACACAAACCCACUACCAGUAUAGUACACUACUUCUCACUUAACGAUCAAUUCACUUAUCAAUCUACUCUUAGGAACAGAACUCGGUCAUUAAGUGAGGAGAGGCUGUAAAUUCAAAAAUUUUACAUGCAUAAAGAAUCUUAAUGCCUCAUGUACUGUAUUAAUAAUUAACAGAAUAUUAUUGACAAAUAUUACACUAAGUUACCCAAAAUAUAAAAUCCCUGACUUUUAAUUUAAUGAAUUAUUGCUACCAAGAGCAUGAAGUAAAUGGUUAUGGAAAAAGUUAUAGGUUAACAUUUCAUUUUAAUCAGGGGAAAGAGCUUAACUGUAAGUUAACAUACAAAGCUUUAGAACAAUAACAGAUAAAAUUAAUUUAUGCUUACUAAACCCUGAUUACCCCAGGCAUCAAGCUUCACCUAUGUUAUUACAUUCAUGGGAGGUGAGUACUAAAUCCGUUGCAUAGUGCUUGGGAAUUAUGGGAAUCAGUUUUGAUCCAACAAAAUGGGUGGAUAGGUAAAAUUCCUGGGUUCAAGCUAUAUCCUUGAGGGAAUACAUUUUAUAAAUUUUUUAUUUUUAAAUGAGUAGUCAGCAUCUGUACUGUAAAUUUCAGACUAUGACGUCUUUGAUAUAUAUAACUGGUUAACUGUGAGAUGUAUUAACAGGUAGCAUGGAGAAGCUCUGUUACAGAUGGUUAGUGAUAGCUGUAAAUAAUGCAACUUGUAAAAAUUCCAAAUACUUUACUGUAACAAUGUCUGGUGAUGCUCUAGUAUUACUUGCGAAUGAUGAAGGCAGUGCCAACAACUGUAGGUAACAAGACAGCAGAGUAGGCCUUCAGGACAUUUCAAUAAGGCAGAGCUCUAUCAAGCUCUCCUGGAGCAACAUACUACCUUAAUAAAGGCGCUCUCUCUCUUUUACCCUACUUGCUGGUGAUGUAGAGCAGCAAUAUAAUUAAAACCUUGGUGAUAGUACCAGCAGCAAACAUUCUGUAUAUUAUAUUCAUGAGAAAGCACUAUACCCAAAAGGCUCUUACAGUGCCCAGGGAAUGGGAAAUAAUCCAAGAGAAAGGUAGCUUCUGUCCCUUGGAUCAAGGCACCCCUUCCCCCCCCCCUCUAUAUAAACUUACGGUAAUAUCAAACAGUGCUAUAUCCUCAAAGGUCUGGUCUGUUCCUUGCCAAGUUUGAGUCUGUCCAUACUUUGUGAAUCUAAUUGACUGUAUAUAUUUGUAGGAGUAACCAACCUGUUUUUUAUUAUCUGUAUUUCCUAGAUGAAGUGAUUGUUAAUUUAUGUCUUAUUUAUUUUACUUAUAUGCCAAUAGAUAUUUUCAUGCUACUGUGAUUUUAGAAUGUACAGUAUUUAGAUUUUUCUAUAAGCAUAAAUGACUAGGGUAGUUUUCACCAUUUUAUCAAAUUAUUUUAAGAUGGAACAUUUUUUUUUACACCCUACUACGUCAGGUGUGUGUGCAGUGCCCACAAAAUCAAGCUGACAUUUCUCUAAAGAAAGGAGAGGCAGAUAAUGGUCAUCUUAGUUGACAAGGCAUACAUUCAGGGGGUCAAUUGCAAUAUACCAAGUAAAUAUACCAGUAUGCCCUCCAAGCCUGCUACUACUGCCCAGGCUGUCCCUACCACUUAUGCCCACUGUCUCCCUCCUGCCAGGCAGGCGGGAGCACCCAGAGCAUUAUCCAGGUUGUUGAUAUUCUUGUUUAACUAAGCGUGUUUAAAGAAUAUAUACAGUAUUGUUUAGCUGCCCCUGGACUGGCUCCAUCUGUGUUUCUUAUGUAAACAAUAAAGUUGAAGACUAAUAAA